UGAAAAUGAAACAUAUGCGAUUUCACGGUAUUACAUUCUCAAUUAUUUCUUUUUGUUUUGUUUUGUUUCAUUUUGUUUGUCUGAUUUUAUUACAUUUUUUUUUAAUUAAGAUUAUAAAUUUAAAAUGAAAAUAGAUAUUUUUAUAAACAGGACUUAUACGCCCGAUAAUUCUUCCUGUUUUUGGAUAGUGGAAGCAUAUGAUAAUUAUUUAUUAGAUCGAAGUCAACAAAAAUCAAGAUAUAUAUUCAUGACACGGGAACAAUUUCAUACAUCUACUUAUUCAACAAGUAGCCAUACUAAAAAGCGUGUAGGUAUUAUUGGAUUUUGUAAAAGUAAUAGAAUACAGAAUUCUGGUUGGAUAAAAAGAUUAUGUAUUCAUAAAGACUAUAGAAGGAAAGGUAUAGGAAGUUAUCUCAUAAAUCAAGUUAUACAAUUUGGCUAUGAACAAGGAUAUGAAUCUAUUAAUGCACCUAUUUCUCAAUACAAAAUAAAAACUCUAAUAUUAUUUUAUAACAAGAAAUUUCAUAUACAGAAUAUACAUAGUAAACCAUCUUUUAAAUUUAUAACCUUUUAUGAAUUAAAAUACGAAAUGAAGGAUUAUCGUCCACAUUAUUAGAAAUUCGCGUAAUGUACAAUCUAUGCCAAAAAAUUAAACCGUCCAUUUAAAUAUUCAAAUCAAAAUUAUUUAUUUAUUUUUUAUAUGUUAUAACUCUUUGUGAAAUACAUGAGCAGAGACAUUGUAAAAAAUCCGUAAUUCUCUUUUUUCAUCUUUAGAGACUAUUAGUAUUUUUUAAUUUCUUUAUUUCCCAAUGUUUACAUUUGAUCUGUCUUAGGUCAAUAAUAUUUGAAAUAAUUUAUUAAUAGAAUAGCAUUUGACAUCCAGUAUUUAUUGCAUAGAAUCAUAUAGUACAAAAUGAUUCAAAGCUGCACAACAUUAUUAUACAUGAGAGAAACAAUAAACAGAAGUUAAAUUUAUAAUCAUUUGGUAUAAAACUUUUAAAAAAAUCAUUAUCUAAGAUCAUUAAAAUAAUUAACAAAAAAUAUUAAAACAAUUUUAAUCGAUUAGAAAUUAUAGAUAAUGUUUAAAUUAGGAUCAGAACUUAUUAUAUUUCGUAAUCCACAUGAAUCAUCAAUAGUUGCUAUGAUUAUUAUCCAUUAUUAUAGACGGACUAUCAUUAUUUCUGGCAUUACAGAGUUGGUCUACUUAAAAAUUAGUUAAAUUAAUAAAUAGAAUUUCUAUGAAUUCUAUCGAUAAAAUAGAAAAUAUUAAAUUUCGAUUGAACCAUCAAAUAUUGCAAAAUAGUUCAAAUAAAAUUCAGUUGCGUUAAUUUACUUGACACGCAUGACAACUAAAUAUUGCAGUAUCCCGUAGAUUGUACCUAACCAGAAAUAAAUUUUUAUAGUUCUUUAUUCUCACAGCAUUUAGUUCAUAUUAUAAUGUGUACCGAACGAAAUUAGUUCCGCUGGUAGAUUUAUCUUGUAUUACUGCGAUUCAUAGUAUAUAUCAGUAACAUUUCUAAGAUAUUAAUAAUUUCGUAUAAUUUAUAUAACGUUUUUAUAUAUUUAUCGAGAUCAUAUCCCGCGAAAUAUAAAUUUAUAUAAAAUCAUAUUCAUAUUAUCAUCGUAUAUUAGCAAUAAAUAGCAGUAAAAGUUUUAGCGAUAAGAAUAUCAUUGGAAGAUAUUUGUUCUGAAAUAGAUCUAUUCAAGAACGACUUCUGAGGAGAAAACAUUGAAUAUUUUUGAUCCACUACUGGUGAAAAGAAAAUUUUGAAAAAUUUUGUAUGUUACUUUCUUGUUUGAUAACUCUUAUAACGUGUUAUAAUGACUUUGAAAUUACUUAAUCAUAAUAUUAAUGUAAAUAUAAAACAACGUUAUUAAAUCAUUUUUUCAUAAGAAAACUUAUUGAAAACAUGUCCGGAUAUCAUCUCUCUAAAUAAUAUUAUUUUUUUCAAUUUAAAAACUUUCAAUUGAAAAUAUUUUCGUUUCGGAUAGAUUAUAAACUCAUAAACAAUUCGCUAUUAUGUGUACUAUGUUGCAUGACCUCAGUAUAUAUAUAUAUACUGUGACAAUAAUUAGAAUUUCUACAGUUGCUUAGAAUUUUAUACACUAUAUAAGUAGAACUUAAGUUUUUCAAAGAUCAACAAAUUUUAUUGUGUGCCUUUGGUUGCUUCAAUAUAUUUUAUAUAAUUUCUCAAUAUGCAGAAAUGUAUUCUUAUUAGAAGUUAUAGAGAACAAGAUAAACUGUCUUGCAAAAGAUUACUUGAAGCUAGUGUAAUGACCCAGCUAAAUCAUACAUUUUUUGGAUUUAUAUUAGCACUAAAUAUUAUUCGUAUGGUAGUUGUGUUAUCUAUACUGGUAAUGGGUCUACUCGUGUAUGCAGAAUUACAUAUAGUUUAUUGUAUUAUAGUUAUGUGUAUACCAGGAAUUAUAUUAUAUAUUUCAUUGUACACAAAAUUUCGUUAUGAUGCUAAAAUGAUUGGACAUGAAAUAUUUGACAUUCCACGGAUUUACACGCUCGAUAAUUCUUCCCGUUUUUGGAUAGCGGAAGCAUAUGAAGAUUCUUCAUUAAAUAAUCGGAAACAAAAUCAACAAUAUGUAUUCAUGACAGAGGAAAAAAUGAGUGUAUGUAAGAUUGAUUUUUCUAAUUAUAAUAAAAAAAUUGUAGGUAUUAUGUCAGUCUGUAAAAGUAAUUGGGAACCAACAAUUGGUUAUAUAAAAAGAUUUUAUGUUCAGAAAAAGUAUACAGGGAAAGGUAUAGAUAAUCAACUUAUGAAUCAAGCAGAAUGUUUUGCCUAUGAACACGGAAUUCUAUGUAUUAAAGCAAUUGUUUCUGAAUUUGAAAAACAUCUUAUUAGUUAUUAUAAUUCUAAAAAUAUAACUGUAAAUAUUAUACAUGAUAAAUCAUUUUUAAUAUCAAUUACGCUGUAUGAAUAUAUAUUACAAAUAAGCGAAUCUCAUUCAGAUCAGAAGAAAUUAGUGUAAUGUUCAAUCUAUUCCAAAAAAUUAAACUGUCCGUCUAAAUAUUCAAAUCAAAUUUAUGAAUAAUAUUUUUGUAUUAAUUUUUUGUAUGUUAUAAGUGUUUGUAAAAUAUAUAAGAGCAGAGGCAUUGUAAAAAAUCUGUAAUUUUUUUUUUAAUUCCUCAGAGGCUAUCGAUAUUUUUCAAUUUCCUUAUUUCAUUUAGAUCUAAUUUAGGUCAACAAUAUUGGAAAUAAUUUAUUAAUAGAAAAACAUUUGACAUCCAGUAUUUAUAGCAUAUAAUCAUUUUAAACAAAAUGGAUCAAUGCUGCUCAAUAUUAUUGUACAUAACAAGAAUAAUGAACAAUUGUUCGAAUAA